AUGUCGCAGACACUGGGUAUGGGUGGGGAGAGGCGGUAUUCGGUGCCCUCCAACCCAAUGCUGCACGACCCUCGCGGCAUGCACUCCGAGGACUUGCACGCCUGGUCUAUUUACAGGCAAAACCUAAAUUCCGACUUUACUGACAGCGCCCUCGGUAGCACGGACAAAAGUCCGCUACCAUAUGGAAACUUCCAGCUUCGUGAUACCACUGUGCAGUCAAUAUUGUCCCACCCAAGAUAUGGACCAAAAUCAGCACUGGGUUCCAAUAUGUACACUUACCUCAAGUUCGGCCUACCGCGCGUAUUCCCACCAAAUCAUAACGGAUCACAGCGUUCUGGAACGCCAAAGCCAAAAACCUCAAUUGGGAGUGGAAUGAAAUCUGUUCCCAGGAUCCAGAGACAAAGCAGAGGCGUGAGAGAAACGUCGUCUGGUUAUGACAGUUCAGACAACGAAACCUCAACCAAUUAUAAAUACAAUCGGAAAUACCGCUCGGAUCCAGACUUCCGGUUACAGAAUAUGCAACAGUCUUAUCAGCAUGCCACUGGAGUGCCAUUAGUCGCGAUGCAUCAAGCUGGUAUAAGAGAAUCGCAAUGGGGGACUUCGAAGCAUAAAUCAGUGAGUGAAGCGAACCUGCUGGGUAUUGAUGCGCGUACGCAUCGCUCUUAUACAAACAGACGGAACAGCGUCGCUGAUUUUGUACCGGAUAAUGAUCAUCAGAGCUAUCUGAUGCCAGCCUCUCAUCUGGGCGGUCGUAUGUCGAAGGCCGGAAGCCAUAUGUCUGUAGCUCACUCCCGGAAGCAUUCCACACUUAGGCCUGGUGACCACCUUGAUGGCUAUACCCACUCCGCGUAUAUAUACCCUAAUUAUUAUGUAAACAGUUUAGAAAUAACGUCACCCGAAAACAAAUCAACGCUGCUUGUCUCAGGGUUGAGUUUUGAGGUGAAGUCUGGAGAGAUAUUGGCGGUUUUGGCGACUUCUCAGUGCGAGGCCACUGGGCUCUUGGACGUUUUGGCUGGGGCUAGAAAGAAACUAACGGGUGACAUAGUCUUAAAUGGUCAGCCGGUUGCGUCUUCAACUCUUCGGAAAGUAGCAGCAUAUGUCCGUAAAGACACGUCCCUAUGUCCCUCUAUGACCGUGGAACACACUCUACGGUUCCAUGCCACCUUACGCACGCCCAGACAUAACAUGAACCAGGUCAAAAUGGAUGAUCGAGAUCGGAUAAACCUUCUGAUUGAAGAGCUAGGAUUGGAGCAAGUAAGAGAUACAAACGUAUCACGUCUAACUCGUUCUGAAGUCCGUCGUCUGAAUGUCGCGUGUCAGCUCUUACUUGACAUGGCGAUAUUGAUUUUGGACCAACCCACCAAGGAAAUGGAUAUAUUCGACACGUUCUUCCUCGUUGAAUAUUUGAGGAAUUGGGCUAGUACCGGUCGUGUCGUUAUUAUGUCGUUACACCCUCCUACAUAUGAGAUCUUCGCUAUGUUGACUAAGGUGGUGUUAAUAUCAGCUGGUCGCACGAUGUUCAGCGGUUACAGAAGAGACAUGUUGCCAUAUUUCGCCUCAAUAGAUUAUCCUUGUCCUGCCUUCAAAAACCCCUCGGACUACUACUUGGACCUCGUAACAUUAGACGACCUAUCAGCAGCCGCCAUGCUGGAGUCAUCAGGUCGAAUUGAGGCUUUGGCUGGAGUAUUUGCAGGCGCUCAUUCCGCCCCAGAACCACCAGCUCCUGUUCCUCUACCAGCACCUGUCUCACGAGCCAAUGUUGCCGUCCAAGCAUUCGCUUUACUUGAAAAAACUAUGUUAUAUACGCAAAUGACAACGCUAUCUAAUGUCAUCACUCGAGUGCUCAUUGCUGCUGUCAUGUCACUCAUAAUUGGCACUAUCUUCUGGGAUCUACCUUCCACAGAUCCAAAGCUCACCCAAAAUGACCGUGUAGGAUUCCACUACGCAACAAUGUGUAUAGCUGCAUGGCCCAUAAUUCUAUGGAUGAGUGCUAGAGAAGCAAGUUCUAUGCGGCGCUAUGUCGAACGAGAUAUCGCUGUAGGCCUGUAUUCUAGGACCAUGUUUAUUUUGUUCGAUCAAUUUUUAGAGCUCUGGUCAGCGAUACUGACAUGGCUGGCGUAUUUGGUGCCAAGCUACGCGAUGUCAGGAUUGUAUGCGCAAGCGCCGGGCACAUUCGACGGGUUCUACGGUUAUUUAGGUUACACGGUGCUAUAUCUAAUAAGCAUACAAAUGCUAUGUCGUGCGUCAGUCUUCGUCAUACCGAUGGAGAAGACGGCUUCCAUCAUAUCCGGUUUCUGCCUAUUGCUGAGUACCCUGGUCUGUGGAGUUACCCUGCAUGAGCAGGACCUGACGAUGUUCACAAAGUGGCUGGAGUACGUGUCUCCAGCGAAAUGGGUGCUACCUGAAGUUCUAAGGAGGGAGCUGAGCGAAACUGCUUUGAGAAGUAGCAUCAGCAAGGAUCUUAGGUGUAAUAAUAAACAGAAACAACGUCUCGACAUAGUUGUUUAUUCUCCGCCCUGUCCACCCCCAAAUGGCACUCAAGUACUGGCAAACUAUGGUUAUUUGCGGACAAAUCGACUAUGGGAGGAGACCGAAGACAGUUUUCUAAUAUCAUUAGCAGUUUUCUAUGCGGUAUUCGCUCUAGUCGCUAUUAUUGCAUUUGUUUUUGAUUGCACUAAAUAUGCGAAGUCUAAAGAUAGAUCUGCGUUGAAAGGUCACAAAGUUACGGUAAACACACCGUGA